GAUGAGUUUAUGAUUGCCUUGGCUAGUAAAUAGCCAUUUUCAGUUCAUAAUAACAGUCUUUUCUUCGAUUCAUGGAUAAAGAAGAAACAAAUUUUGAAAUUCUGAAGUAGAGAUCCAAAGCCAAAUCAGUCUACUACAGUAGUACAAUUAGGGUGAAGGGGUGGAGGGUCAUAAGGUCCAGUAGAUUCAUCUUCCGUAUUAACUCUCGAACGGCGGACCAUGUAGAGAGCCCUAAUUUUAAUUUAAUCCCCGUCUCUUCUAUUGGACAAUUAUGGUUGCAUUAUUGGUCAAAUAGAUACCAUUUUGCAUCCAAAAUGGUAAUUACGAUGGUUCGUUGAAAAAUCAGCCAUCAUCGCAUUAAUUCACGAAGACAAUUGAGAAUUUCGAGCAUUGUAAAUGUGUAUUUUGAACUUAACCCCUUUCUUAGGCCCUGCUCCAGGAACUUAUUGCGGAAGCAAUAAACUUCUUUUGCGGGCAUCCCAUUGUCUACUUUUCCGAGCUUUUAGUAACCUCGUUGUAACUAUGACGAACGUGGCAUUUCCUAUCUUAUUCAACGAAUCCCUUUGUAACCGAUUCAAGAGAUUAUAAUCGGGAAUAAGAAGUCCUUCCCGAUCCUUUUAAGUUCUUAGUUAACGCGAUCAAGUUUUCGAGUCGGAAUUUAAAUUGUUAUUUGCAUCUAAAUUAAAUAUGCACCCUCCCCUAUUCUAAGAUUCUAAGGUAUCAAGAUUUGAAAAUUGCAAAAUUUCAAAAUACUGAGAUUUUAGGGUUCUAAAACUGUAAAAUUGCAAAAUUAUAAAAUUACGAAGUUGUAAAACUCUGAUAAACCGUAGACUCUCCAUUCCGGGCAGUUUAAUAUAAAAUAGUUCGUGACAAUGUAAAUAUUUUCUCAUUUAAAAUAAAAUAGGAAUGACGUGUUCGGUUAACAUAAUUCAGUAAGUAAAGUUUACCAGUUUAUCACAGCUGUUCCGCUAACUUAAUUACCAAGGUGAUAAAAACGUUAUUUCGUUUGUUCCGACGGAAAACGUAGAAGCGACAAAAGCGGAGAAAGUGUGAGUCUGCGAUACAUAUUUAUGAAAAUGUUCAUUUGAAAGUUCUCCAUUAAAAUGGAGAACCGUUUUCAAUUGCUGGCUGUAAACUUUUAUUUUUUUCGCUUUUCGUUUGAGUAACGGCUAACUUUCAGUCAGAAAUAUUGCAACAUUUCGGGACAUAGAAAUUUGCCUCUGUCACUUCCCCAUUGUUUGCCUAACAAAAAGGGAUGAAACUCAGAAAAAUCAGUAGAGCUUAUUUCCGGUACAUAAUUGGAAUUUUGUACAGUAACGAGCAUUGGUAGGCUUGUACAUAGAAGUUUUAAGAUUUCAAAAAUCCAUGAUUCAUCGAGAAAUCAUUUCACGCUUCGUGCAUUAAUCGAUAGGGUAGCAAAACUUUCCCGAUUCAUUGUAAAUAAUUGAUAAUCGGCUCCUCGAAACGUUCCUCGCUAAUCUACCAAAUAAUGAAUUCUCACACCAAUUUCUAACAUUUGUCUGUUCGUCGAAGGGUUGAACAAGGGGGUAGUCUGUAGUGAUCACAUACCGGCGUGGAGGGGAUAUGAAAAGUGGUCGGAGAAUGCUUUAAGCUGCCGCCGGAGGGUGGCGAAAUCGCACGAAACGUACCGAGCUGAACCGAAAGCUGCGUUGCCCCUGUCAGUAGGCCUGCCGCAACGCAGCAGUGAGCGCGCCUUCUACUUUCCGUAGAGAUCGCGCGCUUCUUCGUCGGAAUCCCAUCGAUAUUCCCAAUGAUUUUCACUAAUCUUCACUCUCUACAUUCUUUCUCUUCGUUCUAACUAAAAUAAACCAAUAUUAUCCAUCAUUAAAUUCCAUUCGUGUAUCAUCAACUGAAAGUGUCUGACGUUGAAGUUAAAAUCGUGAUCCAGAUAGUUUGUGUGCUUUUGUCAUUUCGUGAAACAUAGUUGUAUCAACUGUUGCUCCUAGUAAACUUUCAAUCAACUACAGUGAACAAAAAUUGGUCCAAUUUAAAUAUAAUUCAUAAUCAAGUGAUUAUUCACAAGUUGAUAUCUCUGUCUUCGCUGGAAGACACUCGGUUUAAUGAAUGAAAAUGAAACAAUCUCACUGGCGUAUGAAAAAUCCGAGAUAUCUUCAAACUUGACGACGAUUAAGGUGAUACUUUAACUCCAUGGGAUCGAUGAAUAACUCCGUCGCGUUAUGGUGCACCAUGAAAGGACUCUGACGAUACAUGGUACGAUGAUACCAUCCGACGUACCCUGAUGAUAUCGGUUAGGUGUUGGGGUUCGUCUAUUUCCAGCGUCCAACUUCCACGUCCUACGACUUUAUCCUGAAAAAUAGCUGCGUUACGUCAUUAUCGAUGACGGGUAGGCGCAAAGUGUAGCCGUGUAUGAAGGAAAACGUUAAUGGACCGUGGAUCGUGCAUACGAUUAGCCGAUCGAGUAGCUCCAUUAAUAACCGUGCAAGACGCUUUAUAGACUCAGGCAAACGGUUUAAAAAGGACGAGAACCCUCGGUUGGAGGCGCAUUCUCGUUCGUUCGUUUCGUCAAUGAACUCCGAUGUCUGUUAAACGCGCGGUACCUGUGGGUGUGUGAUUAUUCGUCGGAUUAUUCUCGAGGAUCCAGCUGUUACUCGUGUCGAGGAUAGAGUAGUCGAGUGUGUUGUGAAGUUUACACGACGACGUGUCAGGUCGGAUAGACCGGAAUCCCAGAAGACGUAGAGAAUCGGUUCGGAAGUGGAGUUUCAAGCUAUCGGAGAACUAAAUUCAUUGAAACUUAUCAGCUAUCUCGGCCAACUUGCUACCCCGCCAACAGGAUAUCCGAAGGGGAGAGAGAGAGGGCCAGGAAUCGUCUAUUCGCUCACAGCCAGACACAGUCGGCGAGGAUGAAGGGGUUGCUAUUCCUGAUGAGCAUGAUGGCUCGGUUUGUCGCGGCGGAAGUUUUCCUCGGCAACGUCGAUGAGCCGAUCCCGAUGUCAAACGUGUCGGCUGUGGUUGGCUUGAAAGCUGUAAUACCUUGCAACAUUGAUCCAUUGAGAAAAAGCGAAGCGGUUAGCAUGGUUUUUUGGUACAAAGACAAGAGGGAUGGCGAACCAAUAUGCAGCUUGGAUGCUCGCGGCAGAUCGAUAGCUCAGGCGAGGUUCUGGUCAGAUCCAUACGUGUUCGGUAAAAGGGCGACCAUGAGGACGAACGUGGAAUCUGUGAAAUUGGAAAUCAAUCCUUUGGAAGCAACCGAUGCAGGGCUGUAUAGAUGCAGGAUGGAUUACAAAAAUAGUCCGACGAGAAAUCACAAGGUUAACCUCACAGUGAUAGUGCCGCCAAACAAACCGGUGAUUUACACCGGGGUUGGUAGAACUUUGGCCAAUAUGCUGCAACCCUUCAAUGAGGGCAGCGACUUGUUCUUACUAUGCGAAGUAAUAGGGGGUUCACCGCCGCCGAAGGUUACGUGGCAUUUUCAGGAGAAAAUAUUAGAUGAUACGUAUAAACUAGAACAUGGAAGCAUCACGAUAAAUGGUCUUCAUAUCAGCAAAAUAAGUAGGGAUUUCCUGAGGGCUAAAUUAAUCUGUCAGGCGAACAACACGCAUCUUGUUCCAGCAUUGACGUCUGAGAUUGUUUUAGAUAUUAAUUUAAAGCCACUAAUAGUGAAUAUCACAAACAAGCGAGCACAUUUAUCGGCGCUAAGAACGUACGAAAUUGAAUGCGUCAGUUCGGGUUCCAGACCGGAAGCUGUGAUCACAUGGUGGAAGGGAAACCACCAGGUGAAACACAUGGCUAGAAAUUUUGCAGAUAGUCCGAACAUUACGAGAAGUAUUUUAAGUUACGUACCUACUAUGGAGGACGAUGGAAAAUAUCUGACUUGUCGGGCAGAGAAUCCAGUUGUACCUGACAGCGCGCUGGAAGACAGAUGGCGGCUGCUAGUUUAUUAUGCACCAAUAGUGACAAUCAAGCUAGGUUCGAGCCUAAAAGCGAACGAUAUAAAUGAGGGGGACGACGUGUACUUCGAAUGCGACAUACAAGCGAAUCCGAAGGCGUACAAGCUGGUAUGGUACAAAGACAGCAAGGAGUUGCAUCAGAAUGCGACUGCUGGAAUUUUUCUUCCUAGCGGGCAAUCACUAGUUUUGCAAAGCGUGACUAGAAAUUCCGCCGGUGAAUAUUCCUGUAUGGCAGCCAAUGUCGAAGGGAAAUCAAUCAGUAAGCCUGUUACUCUCGAAGUAUUAUACGCACCGAUCUGCAAGGAAGGUUCGUCGACUCAAGUGGUCGGUGCUUUAAAGCACGAGACGAUCUCGUUGGUAUGUGGCGUACAAUCGAAACCACCGCCCACUACUUUCCACUGGACCUUCAAUAAUUCCGGGGAGCUGAUGAAUGUGCCUGCCAAUAGAUUUACACAUGUCAAACCUCUGAGUCUGAUCACUAGCCACUGGCACGGGUCCAGGCUGAAUUACACUCCGGCGAACGACAUGGACUACGGAACGGUCGCUUGCUGGGCGAAAAAUCGGAUAGGGGUGCAAAAGACGCCGUGUGUUUUUCAGAUCAUCGUUGCCGGGAAACCGUAUCCCUUGCAAAAUUGUACGGCACUUCAGUCGACCGGACCCUAUGCGUAUCGAAUGGGUCACGAGGACUUUAAAGCCACCGACUCGAGAGACGCUGACUGGUUGAUUGUCAAAUGCUCGGAGGGAUUUGAUGGCGGUUUGCCCUUGACUAAUUACGAAUUGGAGGUCUAUAGCGAGGAGAACGUUAAUCACGUCAAUAUCAUCUACUUGAACCGCACAGAGAGAUCCAGUUCAUCUGGUCCGGUUUUCGAAGUUCCUGGAUUAGAACCCGGUCGUAACUAUAGGCUACAUCUCUAUGCAGUCAAUGCCAAAGGACGUAGUGACCCUGUUGUCCUUGAACCAGUCACGCUGAAGGGAGUCGCUAUGUAUACCACUGGACGCGAAACUUCGGAGGAGAGCACGGACUAUAGCCUUUUGGUUGCUUGUUUCGCCGGGGGUGUAACAGCCGUCUGCAUCCUGGUCGUCGGUGUAACUCUGACCUUGUAUCGUCGCAGCCAUCCGAUGCAAUCGAUGAAAACUCACACGGAAAUGGUGCAACACGGGAACAAAGAGGGCAGGGUGGUGAUAACCCCUGUGAGUAAAGAAUCGAGGGAGAAGAUGAAGGGGUCGAUCCCGGUCGACGCGGGGGACGACGACCCGGAUGUUAUUCCAAACAAGGUUGACAAAAGACCGGAUAUCUUCGAGCCGAAUUAUGGGACCACGAAACCGGAAAGGACGAAAGACUUCGGUCGUUUGGAGGAGCUUGAUUAUCCGUCGCCAUCAUCGGUGCUACAUACUAAGAACUCGUGGGUAUAUCCAAAUGGCUACACGGAGAAGGCGGAGAAGAGUCUGAGCCCUUUGCGACCCAGCACACUUCCGGUCCAUCGUAGCCACGAUAUCUAUACGAGAAGUUCUCGAGUCCAAGAAAGUUGUAUAUAAACGGUUUCUCGUUCGACUGAGACUCGUAAAUUGAUGGGUCAAUCUAUUGCUUCAUUGCUCUCAUCGGAUUGUGUUGUGGCAGGUGUGCUGUAUAAAAUCGAAGGGAUGUUUUGUAAUGGAUUUAUUAGUAGAACUACCUGGCAAACCCUUUCCUUGAUCAUGGGCUGGUUAAAGUGACGUCAGAGAAUAUUAUACGAGGUUUGUGUAAAAAAUUAUUUCAUUUUCAUAGAUAAUAAUUUUCAAUCGAUUUAUUAUAAAAUCAAAUAACAAUUUUUCAUUGAUUCCAUUUAAAUCAAUAACUUUUGCUAAGGAAUGGAUAUUUGAUUGAAAACCAGCAAGAAAUUAAUUACUGAUGUCUCUAAUGAGAAGUGCAGGUAAUACUAAUCAAAUAAUCAUUACUUGUGUUCUAAUCAUUCAAGUAAUAAUUCAUUAGAUUAAAAUUUCUUUAAAAAAACAUAAGCCCAAUAAAAUUUGAGAAAUAAAAUGAACAAUGCUGAAUUCGAUUAAAUCUCCAAGUAAAUGACAAAGUGUCUCACAUCACCCUUUUCACGUCAAAUUACGAUUGAUUCAUGCCAAAAGCAUCAAACACAAUUAAAGAUGUUUGUAAAUAGACAAUAAAUAUCUUUAAGAUUUCCCCGCUGAGCUAUCAAAGUUUCGAUCUUAUUUUUCACCAGGACUAAUUAAUCGUAAGUAGAUAUAAGUAAAGGAGUGUCAGAUUCAUCAUCACGAACGACUCGAUUUACGACGUUUGUACAUAGACAAUAAAAUUUCCUUCCUUAAAUGUUCGUCUCCUUGUCAGAAUCUUCCCGUACUUCCAGCCUCAUUGUGGUCUCGUGUCGAUUAUUUCUUUAAUGAGGAUAAUUGGUGUCUUGUAAGAGUGUGCGUGUUUCAUUCGCGAACGCGUUACCACGUCGCGUUGAAACUCUUAAUGAGCAUGUAAACGUUUGUAUAUAUGGAUAAAUAAACCUUGUUGUUUAAUAAUU